AUGGGUCGCUCGAUGGAGGAGGAUCCGUUGACGCUGGCCAUGUCGCCGCCCCCCAAUGAGACGCCCGAAGAACGGCAGGCACGAGAGGCUCGGGAAGCUGAGGCGCAGAGAAUAAGUGACGAGAUCGACGAGCAAAUAAGAAAAGAAAAGGAAGCGAGGCGGAAAAAGAAACGGCCAGUAAAGGUCCUCCUGCUGGGACAGAGCGAGUCUGGAAAGACGGCGACGUUGAAGAAUUUCCAGCUCACAUACUCGAAACGUGAAUUUGCUGAGGAACGAGACUCGUGGCGGGCGGUGAUACAGCUCAACUUGGUUCGCAAUGUCAAUGCCAUCCUGGAUGCGCUGACCCAGGAAAUGUCGGCCUCUUCCGUCUCGACACCCGUCUCACCCAACGACAGCGACGACGACUCAAUAGAUGACCACACCCACAUCGCAACCGUGCCGAAAGCAGCGCCAGCGAAGGCGGGGCCGAAACUCAAGUUUGGCGAGAAACACCGCGUCCUUAAGCUUCGGCUAAGUCCCCUGCAGCGGAUACAAAAGGAACUAGAGAAACGCCUUGGUGCUGGUUCCCUGGAACCUGAUAGCACGGACGUUACUUCUGCCGCACCAUUUGAGCUACCGGCCAGUCGGAAACGUGCCCUUCAGGAAUUCUCAAUAAACUCAAACAACGGUUGGAAGUCAGCUCUUUUGCGGACAGUACGGCCGGCACGCCCUGAGAGCGACCAGACGAAGAAGAAGGACACGGAAGACGAAAUUACAGAAGUCAUUGCUUCAUGUAGAGAGGACAUGAAAGCUAUAUGGGAGGACCCUGUUGUACGAGAGCUGUUGAACCGGCGAAAGGCCCGAAUAGAGGACUCACCCGGCUUCUUCCUGAAUGAUGCAGAGCGUGUGGCUGUUAGAUCAUACCAGCCGACAGACGAUGAUGUUAUUCGCGCACGGCUGCGCACGUUGGGUGUACAAGAGUAUAGAUUUGUGUUUGAUCACGGCCGGACCGUUGGUCAGACAUGGCAUAUGUUUGAUGUUGGCGGGACACGUUCAAGCCGUGCCGCAUGGUAUCCAUACUUUGACGAUGUCGACGCCAUCAUCUUCCUUGCUCCUAUAUCAUGCUUCGAUGAGAAGCUUGCCGAGGACCGUCACGUAAAUCGCCUGGAAGACAGCUACCUAUUAUGGCGGUCUGUCUGCUCCACCAAGCUACUCUCGCGCACGCAGAUUAUCUUGUUCCUCAAUAAAUGCGAUCUCCUUCAAGCCAAGCUGAUGCGAGGCGUCAGAAUACGAGACCAUGUCCCAAGUUUUGGGGAGAGACGCAAUGACUUGCCGACCGCUACGAGAUAUUUCCAGCAACACUUUAAGGAGAUAUCAAGACAGUUCUCACCCGUUCCAAGACCUUUCUACGUCCACCUAACGUCUGUCAUUGAUAUUAAAUCGACGGCGGCGACAUUGGGGGCAGUGGAGGAAUCUAUCCUACGAGACCACCUUCGACGUGCUGAUCUAAUGUGA